GAAACCGGGGCUAUCGGUGCUGCGUUUAGGGGAGACAAAAUAUCGCUGUUAGCCGUGAGUGGUUUUUACGACGGGCAGCAGUCGGUUUGCGUCUUAUGUAACUAACGGCCUGAGCGGCGUCGGUGAGGAAAGAAGGGAUCCGCUGAAUGAGAGAGAGAGAGGAAAAAAGAGCAGCACCGCUUUUGAAUUCACAUGGCAAUUUACAUUUAGGUUAGGACACCCAAACGCCACACAAAUACAAAUUGGUGGGGUUCCGCUGGGGGGACGGCUACUGCUCUGAUUUAAGGCUGAGUUUGAAGUCAACGACAAGGGGGGACGUGGAGUGACUAAGUCGCCUCAAGUUGUUAAGGUGAUGGUUGACUCUGACAGCCGUGACUGAGGACCUAAACCAGAACCCACAAAAUAAAUAAAAAAAGACCGGACAGCAUUAAAGGGCCUCCUGCAUGAUACGUCCUACCCGGAUCUACAACACACUUGAUCAAACUCAAAGCUGUGUUGCCCAGCUGGUAAGAAUAAAAGGAGCAGCAGCCCUGGACCAAAGGUCGCUAAUGCUGCGUGGAGUUUAAGACUUUCUUAAACAAAAAGUCAAAGAGGCUGAACAGUUUUAGCUCUGAUGUUCACGGACCUGUGUGGAGUUACGUGGACCUGAUAAAGAAAUGGAGGGAUAUUAGUUUGGGCCUGACGCCUGGUUUUCUGCUUCCCAUUAUCGCGUGGAGUACGGAGGGCCGGUAGCCCAACUGCUGGCUGCAGCUGGACGGAGCGGCACGGCGCAGCGCGGAGGUCCAAUCAGACCGCUACAACAGAGCUGAUGCCAAGGCCAGGAGUCAGCCAUGAUGUUUUUAUAACCUGAUGAUCAGCAGAGAGAUGGUGAGGAAGAAGAAUCCCCCUAUCCGGAGUGUGGGUGGCGAGGAGGAAGAGGAGGAAGAAGAUGGGAGGAGGCCAGCGGGAGAAGAGGAGGAGGAGGGUGAGGAGGAGGGGAGGGUGGGAGCAGAGGCCGAACGAAUAAACCGACCCUCCGAACCCGAGUCCUCCGACCGGAUCAGAGGAGACGAGGAGCAGGAAGAGGAGGAGGGAGAGAGCGAGUGCGCGUCCUCGUCCGUCUCACCCUCGUCCGUCGGCGAGCGCUACGGCAACGAGGAGAGAGGGGGGAGGAGGGGGAGAGCCAACCGAGGGGGGCCGGCGUUGACUGACAGACUCGAGAGCCAGUCGGAGCCCGAGGACGGGGAGAAGGGGUUGGAGGAGGGGGAGAGGAGGGAGAGAGGCAGGCUCCCCAGGCAGGAAGGAGGGGAGGAGUCAACGACCGACACCCCUCCGCUCUCUUCCAGCCCCUCUCCCAAACUCCAGGACUUCAAGUGCAACGUGUGCGGCUACGGUUACUAUGGCAACGACCCCGCCGACCUGGUGAAGCACUUUAGGAAGUAUCACCUGGGUCUGCACAACCGCACACGGCAGGAUGCCGCCCUCGACACGCACAUCCUGGCCCUCCACAACAUGGCCCCCCAACACACACCUCUAGACGUACAAGCAGGACAGGGGCAGAGGAACCAAGCCAAAGAGUCGGGGAAGACGAGACCAGAUAUGCACAUUCAACAGCACCGGACAGUCAUGAUGAAUGGCACAUACGACGUACAGGUGAUGCUUGGCGGCACGCUAAUUGGGAUCGGCCGGAAGACCUCCGAUUGCCAGGGGAACACCAAGUACUUUCGCUGCAAAUUCUGCAACUUCACCUACAUGGGCAGUAAUUCCGUAGAACUCGAACAACACUUCAUGUCCUCGCAUCCAAAUAAAGUCAAAACUCCGCCGACCACGCCCCUGCUGGCCCCCAAUAACUUUGCAACGCACGACAACCAGGGGAAGCCCGGGGGUCAAAUCUUAGACGGGGCGGAGCGAGUCGCGGUGAGAGCGGAAGACGACUCCUUGGUCGGGUACUCCAUCCCGGUCAGGGCGUCGUCGGAUUCGUCAGGCUGGACGGGGGAGCCCGGUCGGGAUGCUGUGCAGACGUACUAUUGGUGUAAAUUCUGUAGCUGGAGCUGUGAGUGGUCGGGGGGCUCGGCGAAGCUUUUAGAGCACUAUGAACAAAGACACAGGAUGAGCACGGGAGGUACUGUGAGCCCCGACAACUCGACUCCUGGGGGGACGGACAGAGAGAGGGAGAGAGGGGGGAGACGGGAGGGCGGAGAGAGAGGCCACGUGUCAUCCAAAAGCCGCAAAGAUCUAUCAUCCAACCCAUCCAGCACCAGCCAAGGCGACCCCAACAGCAGUGAUUCAGAAGCAGUGGUGACCAGCUACAACUGUCAGUUGUGCGAUUUCCGAUACUCGAUGGCCCACAGUGCAGACGUGAUCGUAGUAGCGCCUUUGCUGCUGCAUUACCAGCACAACCACUCCAUCCAUAGAUGCUGCAUUCAGCACUGCAUGUAUUGUCCACAGGGCCUCUGUCAGCCGCACAAGCACCUGGGGGAGGUGUCCCAUCCUUUUGCGUGUCGGAAGCCCAAUUGCCCAAAAUGCUGUUCCAAGUUCUCUUCGUCCACUAAACAGCAGCAGGAGACCGUCGUAUCCAAACCUGCUACCGCCACCUCACCCAGCAUGACCCCUCCUAAUCCUAGAGGGGACCCCGGUGCGAUUUCGGGAUCAACGUUUCACGCCUCUAACCCUGCCCAUCCUGUGGUCACACAAGGCGUCACCCACUUGUGUGACCAGUGUGCGUUCGCCACCACCGACAUCGACGUGUUGCUCCAGCACUACGAAAGCUGA